AACAAAACAUUUUGCAUUGCCAUUUUCUGUGGUCAGUGGGUCGGCGUUUGCGUGUCGGACAGUGACUAAUUUACCCUCGUCUACAUAUCUUCCCUCCUAACUUUGUCAUCCUACCUUAGCAGGAGAAUGGCUCACCACCUCCUGCCCUUGCUUGCCGUUCUCGCCGCCGCCGCCGCACUGCUCGUGGCGCCGCCCGUCGCAGCUUACCCGUGGCCAGUGUGCGGCCAGAGCAACUACUUCAAGCCUAACGGCACAUACCAGGCUCAUCUCGACUUCGUCGCGGCCACGCUGCCCAAGAACGCCUCCGCGUCCCGGUCCCUCUUCGCCACCACCGUCGUCGGCACCAUCCCGGAGCAGCUCUGGGCCAUGGCGCUCUGCCGCGGCGACGUCAACGCCACGGACUGCUUCACCUGCCUGACUCAAGCCUUCAGAGACCUUCCGAACGACUGCUCCUACGACAUGGACGGCACCAUCUACUACGACCAGUGCAUCCUCCAUUACUCCGACGUGCUCACCUUCCCCGGCGCCGGCACCGGCCCGACGACCGACACGUACGCCGUCAACUUCAACACAAAUGUCACGUCGGACCCGGCCCAGUUCACGAGCCUCCUGGCCGCCCUCAUCAACGCCACCGUCGCGUACGCCGCCGACAACUCCACGCGGCUGUUCGCGACAGGGGAGGCUGACUUCAACCAGGAGUUCCCCAAGGUGUACAGCCUGGCGCAGUGCACGCCGGAUCAGACGCCGGCGCACUGUCGGAACUGCCUCGCCAAGGCCGUAGCGAAGUACCAGGGGUCGUUCUAUGACUACAUCGGAGGCAGGGUGCUUGGCAUCAACUGCAGCUACCGGUACGAGAUCGUGUCCUUCUUCAAUGGACCGGCGAUGGUUCGGCUGGCAUCACCGAGCUCUGGAGCUCCGGCAUCAGCACCGGCACCGGCACCAGCGCCGGCUUCAGCUCUGCAACCAACUGUUGGGACGCCGCCGGCAGCAGGGAAAGGGGGCAAAGAGUACGGUAUCCCGGUCGUGAUCGUUGCAGUUCUACUACCAAGUAUUGCAGCCUUGAACCUUGUUGCCUGGCUCUGUUACUGGAAGCGUCAGCGACCAAUUGAACAGGCGAAACAGAAAUAUCCCAUGUAUUCAGCUGGAGCUGAGGACACGGAGACGGUGGACUCAAUGAUGAUGGACGUGUCCACCCUGCGGGCCGCGACAGGGGAUUUCGACGAGACCAACAAGCUUGGCGAAGGUGGCUUCGGAGCGGUGUACAAGGGUGUUCUCCCCGAUGGCGAUGAGAUAGCGGUGAAGCGAUUGUCAAAGAGCUCGACGCAGGGAGUGGAGGAGCUGAAGAACGAGCUCGCGCUGGUGGCCAAGCUGAAGCACAAGAAUCUCGUCAGGCUCAUCGGCGUCUGCCUGGAGCAGCAGGAGCGGCUGCUGGUCUACGAGUUCGUCCCCAAUCGAAGCCUGGACCUCAUUCUCUUCGACACUGAGAAUCACAAACGUGAGCAGCUGGACUGGGGUCAGAGGUACACGAUCAUAAACGGCAUCGCUCGAGGCCUGCAGUACCUGCAUGAAGACUCUCAGCUCAAAGUAGUCCACCGUGAUCUCAAGGCCAGCAACAUCCUGCUCGACGCAAAUAUGAGCCCCAAAAUCUCAGACUUUGGCCUCGCGAGGAUCUUCAGCCGAGACCAGACACAGGCCGUCACCAACCGCGUUGUCGGAACCUAUGGGUACAUGGCACCAGAAUACAUGAUGCGCGGGAACUACUCUGUCAAGUCUGAUGCGUUCAGCUUCGGCGUCAUGGUGCUGGAGAUCGUCACGGGGAGGAAGAACAACAGUAACAACGACGGCACCCAGCAGUCUGGAGACCUUUUGACCACUGUAUGGGAGCACUGGGAGACCGGGACGGUGGUGGAGUUGGUAGACCCGAACAUGGGCGGCGGCAGCAUCCCGGAGGACGAUGUGCUGAGGUGCAUCCACAUAGGGCUGCUGUGCGUCCAGGGAGACCCCGCGGCUCGGCCGGUGAUGUCGUCCGUCGUGGUGAUGCUUGGCAGCAAUACGGUCACCCUCCAAGCGCCGUCCAAGCCGGCAUUCUGCGCCAGGAACAACUCUAACACGGCCGUGUCGUCGACGGCACCGCUGCAGGGCUAGCCGUGUGGCCCGAAGCGCCCACCACUGUAUCCGUCUAGCUGCAACUUGUUUUUUUCAGAUGAAAAAGAAUUAUAUUAACUUAUAGCUGAAUACAUUAUGAUAUUACAAGUACUCUGCAAUUGGCCUCAGUUUCAUUAGUGGCCGCUGGCUCGACCAGACUCAACAAGUACAUUUGGCUGUAUCCGACAGAGUUCGUCCUAUUUUUUUCGCCUUUUUGUACCCUUUUAUUUUUUUCCAUUCCUUUUUUAUUUUUUAUUAAUCUACAUAUUUUUCUUCUA